AUGGCAGCCUCCCAACGUCACACUCCCGGACCGGGACAGAGUGUUACAUCGACAGGCAAGGGGGGCAACAACCAUGCGAUAUCGAUAGCGGAACACUCGCGCGCUGCCGGCAUCGGCGCCGAGACCAUCGACGACUUUCUCGAUCGACAGCCGCGAUCGGUGCUCAUCCGGCUCUACGAAAAGCCUGCGUCGUGCCUCGCCAUCUUCCGGCUGCUGCCCAUGCUCGCGCGCCAGAUCAUCAUGCACAUGCUCUUUCUGCAUGCGCCCCUCGCCGCCGACGACUUCCUCGCCUGGCUCAGAAAGGACGCGCGCAACGAGUUCGACGUCGCCGUCGCCAAGCUCGCCCGCCUCUCGAUCGUCCAGCUCAAGCCCGCGAGCGCAAAGCAGAUGCUGCUGCUCAACGCUGUGUAUACGGAAGGCAUGCGAAGAGCGCUCACGGGAGGAGGCAGCCAUCGCUCGUUUGGCGUGCCGUGCGAUACCGAGGAUAAGAACGCCGUCGACAUCGCCUUUCUCGACGACUACGCGCGCACAAAAUGGGAGACCAUCCUCCACUACAUGGUCGGCAGCGACAAGUCGAGCACGCCGCGCGAACCCGUGCUGUAUCUGCUGCGUCGGAGCAACCUGAUGCAGUCGCGUUCCAGCGCCGCCGCCUCCGCAUCGCUCAACAUCACCAGUCGCGGCUUCCAAUUCCUCUUGGAGGACGUCAACACGCAGCUCUGGCAUCUGCUGCUACAGUACCUCGACAUGGCCGAGGAGCGCAACAUGGAUCUGGUCGAGGUGCUCGCCUUCCUCUUCAUGCUCGGCAGUCUCGAGCUCGGACGCGACUACUCCACCGAGGAGCUGCCCGAAACGCAGUUGCACAUGCUCGAGGACUUUCGCGACUACGGGCUCGUGUACCAGCGCAAGGCGUCUAGCCGGCGCUUCUAUCCCACCCGCCUCGCCACCACACUCACCUCGUCCGCCGCCGCUCCUCUCCUCUCCACCAACGGCUCCGAGCCCGAGGAGCGCGGCUACAUUAUCCUCGAGACCAACUAUCGCCUCUACGCUUACACCUCGAAUCCGCUGCGCGUCGCCGUGCUCUCGCUCUUUGUCACCAUCAAGGCGCGCUUUCCCAACCUCGUCGUCGGCUCCAUCACGCGCGACUCGGUCAAGUCGGCGCUCGCCAACGGCAUCACCGCAGAGCAGAUCAUCACCUACCUCACCCACCACGCCCACCUCCAGAUGCACCGCAACGAUCCGCUCCUCCCCGUCACGGUCUCGGACCAGAUUCGUCUCUGGGAGCGCGAAAAGAACCGCGUGCAGCAGAACCUCGGCUCGCUCUUCACCGACUUUACCAGCCAGUCCGACUUUGCAGAGGUGCGCAACUACGCCAGCCAGCUCGGCGUCCUCGUAUGGCACGACGAACCAAAACGUCGUCUGUUUGUCGACGAGGCGGGCAACGAGCCGGCCAUCGAAGCCCGUCUCGCUGAAAGCGGCGCGUCAGACGUCGACGAAGAGAUAGCCAGUCUCGAAGAAGUGGAGGCCAGCGGAGCGGGAGUUGCGACUAUACGCAGUUGCAAGCGCAUCCCGGCAUACGAAUCGCGCCUCAACCCUUACGCCACGCUCUGUCCCAUCAUCCACCAAGCCAUGAACGGCAACACAAGCGUGUCUGCCAAGUCACUUCCCCUCGACGAGCACAAGGACCGCCUCGCGCCCGAAUCCGUCCUCCCCUGGACCUCCAUUGCCCUCGAGCUCGAGAGCGUCAAGCUUCAAGUCGACGCCUGUCUCGCCAACAACAAACUCAUCGUCUGGCCCUCGCGUCCCUGCCACUUGCCAGAUGUCUACAACGAGGCAACUACCUCGCAGUGGCUUGCGAUGCACUACUCGGACCCCGCCAUCACCAUCCUCAACGCCAUCGCAAAACAGCUUCGUCCGCGCAUUUCAACAUGUCGAUCUUAUCUGGCCGGAAUGGCAACGCGAAAUCCGUCCUCGCCGCACGAUUGA